ACCACACAGCAAAUUCUGUGGUAUUUUAUAAUCAGUGUAAAAUUAAAAAAUAAAUCUGCAGUGAGCUGUCAGAUCACUUGUGUUGGAUGGGUAAAGCAAGGAGUUGCUAAAACACCUGACAAGGUUGAACUAAGUAAAGAUGAUUUACAGCGUCUCAUCAGUGAAGCGAAAGAACACAUGGAAGAUGAAACUGAAGAUGGUGAAGCGUUAGAUGACGGUGACGAUGAGGGGGUCGCCAGUGCACAAGAACUGAGUGACGAGACAGAGGCUCCACAGGAACAAGAUGAGACUGAUGAUGAGAGACUGGAUAAAGAUGAACUAGCAGAAUAUGGGCUUGAUAAAUAUGAUGAGGAAGACACGGAAGCAACAAAUCUAGGAGACAGCCUAGUAGGCCUCGCAGUCCAUGGAAAUAAUGAAGAGGACCCUUAUGUUACCAUUAAGGAUACUGAUCAGUAUGAGCGGGAGGAUUUUCAGAUUAAAUCAAAUGACAACCUGGUUGUUGCAGGCAGAGCUGAGAAGGAUUGCUGUAAUUUGGAGAUACAUGGAAAUUAUGUUGCUGUUGGUAACAUGACCCCAGUGGUAGACGUGUGGGGCUUGGAUGUGGUGGAUUGCCUUGAGCCGGUCUUCUCUCUUGGCAGUAAAAAAAUAACAAAGAAAAAGAAGAGCAAGAAGGGUGCUGCUGCAGAGAGUGCAGUCGAAGGACAUUCAGAUGCUGUGCUGGAUUUGUCAUGGAACAAACUGGUUAGGAAUGUUUUGGCCAGCGCAUCUGCUGACAACACAGUAAUUCUUUGGGACAUGGCACAGGGCAAGCCAGCCUCAACUCUCACAUUACACACAGACAAGGUUCUGGCUUUGAAGUUUCAUCCAUUUGAAGCACAGUCACUAAUUUCUGGAUCUUUUGACAAGUCUGCGAUUCUUUACGAUUGUAGAAGUCCACAAGACAACCACUGGAUAUGGAGAUUUAGUGGUCAGGUUGAGCGAGUAAUCUGGAACCAUUUCUCUCCGUGUCAUUUCUUGGCCAGCACAGAAGAUGGUUUUGUGUGUUGUUUAGAUGCACGGUCAAAUAAGCCUGUCUUGACACUCAAAGCUCAUGACGGCGAAGUAUCAGGAUUAGACCUGAGUAGUCAGAUAAAGGGGUGCCUAGUCACAUCCUCUUCAGAUAAGCAUGUGAAGAUCUGGGAUAUUCUUGGAAACAAGCCUAGUCUCAUCCACUCCAGAGAUAUGAAAAUGGGAGUACUGUUCUGUGCCUCUUGCUGUCCAGACCUACCCUUUGUCUAUGCGUUUGGUGGGCAAAAGGAAGGAUUACGCGUUUGGGAUAUUAGUGAUGUAGCUGCAGUGAAUGCAACAUUUGGAAGUCGAGAACGGUUAGUGGUUGGCACACCACUGGAGGCAACAGGCAGUACCACACAAGCCACCAGCAGUACUGAGAAUGCAAUGGAGUCGUAGCUGUGCCACACAAGUUAGAACCUAACAAUGAAGACAGAAAAAAAUAUAUGAAAAAAACCUUCCACAAUGGAUCCAAGGUUAAAACAUUAAAGCUGCCAUUGGAUAUAGCAUUGCUAUAGAAACAGCUACAGUUCACCAGUUAGUACAGUCCGUGCUACAGCAUUUGAUUUGACAUUGACAAAAUAAACAACUGUAUUUUGCAGAAGAUGCUACAGAAUCGUCUUUUUGGCUGUUUGCUUUUAAACUGUUUUAAUUAGGGCAACUUUUAUCGGGUAAAAGGUGUUAUUUUACCUGAUUUGAUAAGUUAUACAUGUAUUUAUAUGGUAUGGAAGAUGCAGAGUUGUAAUUACUCGAGUUGGACUGGACUUGAGUCAUUGUCGUCAAAUUGUCAUUAAAUGAGUGGACUCGAGUCCCUGCAAGAAAAGACUCGAGAUUCUGCUCAAAAGACUCGACUCGAGUCCCGGCCCAAAAGUCUCCACUUGACUUGAGUCAUAGUCUUUAUGAUAAAUUACAUGAUCAGUUUUGUUUUCAAUAACCACAGCCCUUCUUUUGAUGCGUACAAGCCCUGCCUAUUUAUGAGUGAGAGGAACACGUGACAACAUGGAGACAGAGAGAAGAACAUCAGCAGCAUGGAAGGUAAAUCUAGUGUACCUGCGCUCAUCGAGUUCACAAAAACUAUGGAGUUGACAGAGAGAAAUAAUCAGUCUGCAUCCUGACUGCACUGAGAAAUGCCAAACUAAAAUAAACUGUCUAAAAUUACUUGUAAAUCAUUUUUGGUAUUUUAUUAUUAUUAAUACUUAUUUUGUGGGUCAAUCAAUAGAUUUUUAUUUAUGUAAGCUUACAACUUAAAUGCGGUAGAAAAGGGGUUUAGUGUUUCUUGUCUGGUUUAACUUAAUGUUAUGCUAUGUUUUAAAAAAAUUAAGUUGUUUUAGAAAACAAAAAUUAUAUUUUGCGAAACUUGUAAGUUGUUUUUAAACUCGAAACUACCACUUGUGAAUCCAAACUCCUGCACAAGCUUAUGAACUUAAAAAAAAUGUUGUAAUCAUGCACUGUACCAGAAUUGAAC